AUGGCCUCGGGGAAUGAUUUGCCUGCUAGUUUUCGGGACUCGUACAUCGAUAGAGAAUCGUAUCCAAUGAAUGUCGUUGAGAGGACCAUCAGCACAUACCCUAGCGCUCUUGCCGAGUAUUUGAGAAGGCUAGAUGACGCAGCGGAUGAUCUCUGUGUGAGAGACAUAAGCAAGAUUGAUGUGCCAUUCCGAGACCUGCAGGUCCAACAUGUCGAUGGAGGAUGGAAAGGAGUCGAAAAGCGCAAUAUACACUCCCCAGAAGACCUCGACGAGUGGCUUGGGGUUAAGACUGCUCACCCCGAAGACGAGAAGAAACCGAUGGUCACCGUCAGGAAGCAAGACCCGAAAUGCCGCUUCAUGUUCACCAGACUCGCUGUGAUCGGCCCCACGGGCAAGAGCUCCUGUCAUCAUCUAUUUACGGCUCGAGACAUCCAAGACCUCUUGCUGUGGGAAGAGCGAUUGAGCGAGGCGGUAACGGUGCUGAGCUCGAACAUCGACAUCAUGAAUUCUUUGUCCGACUUCUAUCUACGCCUAACCCGAAUGACAGAUUCCGGACCAGCCUCAAGAUGCCAGGAGGACACCGAAGUCUUCAGCAAUGACCUAGGCAACCUCAUCAAUAAUUUUCAGCUCCAGGUCAAUCGCAGCAAAGCUCUCGCUAAGACCCUCACAGAUAGAACAGAGAUGGUGAAGCAACAUCGCUUAGAGCGACUCAAUCAGCACAUGGAGAGCGAGGCGAUUGUGGUUCGGAUUGUGGCUAUCGUCACCCUGGUCUAUCUUCCUGCCACUUUCACAUCGACUUUCUUCAGCACGGACGUUAUCAAAUAUCAGGGGCAAGAGUCUGGGGGAAGCUUCUCACAAGUUGCGAUGAACAGGUGGCUGGAGGUCACGAUUCCGCUUACAGCCCUGACUCUGCUGCUUGCUUACGCAGGGAAGAGAUGGGCAGAGAUGGUGUCUCACCCGGAGGAUUCUGAAAAGCCGUAUAAGAGAUAUUGGCCCAACGGGCUCAUGAAAGCCCCGCCUAACAAGAUAUAUCGCGCCAGAUUGCAUUCCGCGGAAAAGUUGGACGUAUAA